UGGUGGUGUGGUGGGGGAGGAGCGAGGGGGAGCUGGGCCAAGGUACCACGGUACUUGGCCAAACCGGGCUCUGAUCCAUCCAUGUGGGCUGGCGACGGGCACGCUUGCAUGCCUGCCCGGUCCAUCCAUUGUGCAUCAAUCAUCCAUCCGGCCUUAGCUUCCGCCGCUUCCUUUCUUCUGCCCUCGACCUCGCCCCCUUGCCGGCCUUUUUCUUCCCGUCCGCCCCGACCUCCUUCUUCCUGUCCUAGCCCCAUACUUACCUAGCUAUCCCUCUGGCGCCGAUAUGACGCCCGCCCUCCUCGAUCCGCCACCGAACAAGACCAGAUAGAAACCGAAUCUUCCUAGACGCAGCCGCAGACGCAGAUUCAGACCGAUCCGACGGCAUCGCCCUUGGCUUGCCUCGAAACCUUUCGUCGACCAUGUUUGACAUCUUCGCAAAAACGCUUUCCUCCAUCGCUUCCUUCCUCUUCCCCCUCUUUGGUUCCUACAAGGCUCUCAAGACCAACGAUCCGGCCCAGCUGACGCCAUGGCUGAUGUAUUGGGUUGUGCUCGCCUGCGCGCUCCUUGUUGAGUCCUGGACCGACUGGUUUCUAUGCUGGGUACCCUUCUACGCCUAUAUACGCUUGUUCUUCUUCCUAUACCUCAUCCUGCCCCAGACCCAGGGCGCUCGCAUCAUCUACCAGGAGCAAAUCCACCCGUACCUGCAGAAGAACGAGGACGCCAUCGACGAGUUCAUCGCCUCGACCCACGAGAAGCUUCGCGCCGCCGGCCUGGCCUACUUGCAGGACGCCAUCGAGUGGUUCAAGACCAAGGUCCUGGGCCUACCGCCCACGCCCGAGCAGGCCCCACCUCCCACGGCCGCUCAGUCGGCCCAGUCCUACACUCAGAACCUGUUUGCUAGGUUCAGCCUGCCCGCCGCGCGUUGGGGUGGUGCCGCCGGUGCUCCGGACCCUGCCGCCGGCGGGGCCGGCGGGAAUGAUGUAUUCAGCAUGCUGGCGGGCGCCGUGAGCGCCGCCCUCAGCGCACCCUCUACUGCCGCCCCUGGUCAUGGCAACGUCUCGAGGAGCGCCGGCGCCUCGAGCAGCAUAAUCCCCAGCUCCGUUGGUGAGGCCGACAAGGCUGAUUUCAUCGCGACCCAGCGCGACCGCCUGACCGCGUUGCUGGCCGUGCUCGACCGCGAGGCGGCCCAGCUACCCAACUCCAAAGCUCCGACUUCGUCGUCAACCCCUUCGGCCCCAUCACAGUCGAGGUUCGGCCGUGUGCUUGAGGCCGUGGAGGGCCUCAACCUGGAGAAAAACAUCAGCUCGGGUAGCUUCCCGUGGAAAAACUCGGCCGCAACCGACGAGUCCUCGGGCAGUGGGCUGAGCAAGUCGAGGAGCGAGCAGGACUUUGAGAAGAUCGAAGCCGAGAGCGGGGCCGAGGACGCUGACGACGGCACGGGCGUCCGGCGCCGGGGGCCCCAGGCCGGCGGUGCCUGGAACCCUUUCGGCUGGGGAGCUUCGCCGUCGGCCGGCGGCCCAGGCGCCCACCCCGAUGCUGGCGCGAGCUCUGGUGUCGACAAGUGAACGAGUCGGCCAUGACGCAUGAAUUUUGGCUUGCCAUUGCCACCUUGUGGUUCACAUUUGGCGAACAUCUAACGCCUUUAUCCUUCUUUAGUCAAGGGAGCUUUUUUUUUUUUGGAUUUGGAUUUGUUGGGUUUGCAUACAUCAUUCUUUCAACCUGAGUGGUCGGGGGCCAAGGGAAAACCGGCGCAAUUAGAGCUUGCCGCAAGGUGGACUUUCACGUCCGUCCGACUUGGCCGAGUGCCAGCUUGCUUGUGGCGAUGCGCACAGGCUUUGUACAUAAGUAGUUGACAGACAGCUGCAGAGACGAUGGCCUAUGCGCAGACGUCCGCCAAGUAGCGCUGGUUCAUCAUCAUGACCUUGAUACGAGGCUGGCAGGCACCAUGUAUGAGUUAGGACAUGUUUCAACAGCAUAGACAUGCUCAUUGCGAUUUCUAUACUUUGAUCUAUGUUACACGCGCCGGUUCGUGGGACAGACAAAAAAUUUGCUACAUACAAUAUCAGGUAUCUAGGCCGCAGUCCAGGG